AUGGAUGACCACGUGGGAUCCCCGAAACCUUCACACUCAAGAGAAUCCACCAGAUCCAGAAAAGCCGUGCCACUGCAGGUCCACCCCCGAGGAGAUGCUGUCCGCUCCAAGUUGAUCUACACGUUCUACCUGAUCGACCACCUGAAGGGCCUCAGCCAUGGGCUCCCGCGGCACAAUAUACGCGACUUCCUGGAUCAUAGGAAACUCAAGAAGCUGAUGCUCACUGACCAUAACCAGCUGGUCCGUUUCAACGUGGUGCCCAUCCGGAACAUUUUGGUCACCCAGGGCGCUAGGCAUAACCGCUUGUCGAGGUUAAGCUGCAGCCGCUUCCCGCCCUUGUCCAUGUGGGCCUAUUGGCUCCUGAGCAGCAAGGUGUUCAAGAGCUUCAUCAUUUUCCUCAUCUGCUUGAACAUGGCGGUCCUCAUGAUGAUCCCAGAGAUCGCGCAGAGCACAGAGGAGCACUUCCAGGUCAUGAAGACGGUCUUGGAGGUGGCCAUCUGGGUGAUCCUCUUCAUCUUUUUCAUUGAGAUUGGGCUACACUGGGUGGUUGCUUUCCAGCAGUACUGGAAGAAGAAGAAUCCCUGGAACGUCUUCGACUUUACCAUCACCCGAUUUCCGCCAUAGAUCCGAAUUUGCUUUCUUCUCAGGGAAACGUCCUACCGGAGUGGUAACCAAAGCGGAUCAUCCUGAUUUUUUUUCCGGGUCCUAAACGGCGCUGUAGAGCUCUUCCCAAGAAUCCCGUCAGAGUCAGCGUCAUCAUCAUGGCCAUUCUUGAAAGCACUUACAGAAGGCGCGUAGCUUUUCAUCCCUGCUCCUCCCUAGAACUUCUUCUUCUAUGUCUUCUGCGGUGGCAGGGAUUUUUUCUUCUUUGAGAGCUACACUUUCCAGCUCAGAACCAGGAAUGACCUCGAGUACAGCAAUUAUUUCAAAGACAUGCCCAACGCCUUGGUGACCAUCUUUAUCCUCUUCACCAUGGAUCACUGGUACGCUCUGCUGCAAGAUUCGUGGAAGAUCCCAGGGAUCAACAAAUUCAUCACCGGCAUGUUCGUCAUCUUGUGGCUCCUCAUCGGCGCGUUCAUCUUCAGGAACCUCUUUGUGGCCAUCAUGGUCACCAAUUUCCAAAACAUCCGGAACGAUUUGGUGGAGGAGAUGAAGCAGAUAGAGGCCCAGAAGCAAGCGGAUAGGUUCAAGCUGGAGAUUAUGGAAAGCCGAUUUACCACGACCCAGAGACUGGGAGAUGCGGCGCUGAAGUCCCAGGACAAGAUGGGCUCAGGAAAAGUGUCAAGCCAUUCGUCGGCUGAGAGCCGGGAUCAUGAGUUCCCUUUAGGGGGCUUGGACUGGGAGAACUUCAUCUACAAGAACUGGGGCGGCUUUAUCAGGAAACUGUGGAUAGACGCAGAAGUGGUGUGGCCUCGGGACUACCCUCUUCGCUACUUUGAGUUGAUAGGAAGCUCCAGUACCAACCUGGAGGAAGCGGCAGAAACUACACGCGCUUAUGGUCGCUGCGCUGGGCAUGCUAACCAACCUGGAGAGGAGACUGAAAUAAGGGGGGCCUUUCUUGUAGGGACCGAGAGCUGCAACUCAAAGAGGCAAUCAUGCGCUGACUGA